GAUGAGACCUUUGCAGCUCUGCAUUGUUUUUCUGGGGUGCAUUGUGUUCUUCCCAACUGUUGCAAGAACCGAGAAGAACUUUGUAAGAAUUCGGCCAGAAAAGCCCGUGGUGGAAUUUGGUGGCUCCGUUGUGUUGAACUGUAGUUCAAACUGUCAAGAUAUUGGUAUUGAGACAACUUUAAAGUGGGUCCUCCUGGUAGGAAAUGAGACUACUGAGAUAAAAUGGAAAGCCUUCAACCUCACCAGUGUUGACAAGUGGACAGUCACCCUGUUGUGCUUUGCCCGCUGUGCCACUGGGGCUGCAAAAUCUCACCAUGUAAACUUCACAGUCUACCGAGCUCCUGAGCAUGUAAUUCUGGAUCCAGUGCCAAAGAUGGAGGUUGGCAAGGAGUACAACUUGAUAUGCCGGGUUCCCAGUGUGGCCCCCAUCCGGAACCUCACUGUGACCUUGUUCAAAGGGGGGAAAGAGCUUCAGGUGAAGACAUUUGAGAAUUUUACUGACCCACAAGCCAGAGAGGUUGUGGUGACCCAUGGCAUAACUGUACAAAAAGAAGACCAUGGGGAGAAAGUCAUCUGCCAGGUAACUCUGGAUCUGCGACCAGAAGGGCCACUCUUUGAAAAGACAUCUCACAGUGAAUCACUAACACUUGCUGGCACUUCUGAAGAGUAUUUUGAGGUAACUCUUUUCUCCACAGAGGGGUUGCCGUGUGAAGCAAGGAGUUUCUGUCUGGCUAAACUGCAGCUUCACAUGCAAAUCCACCCCAAAGUGAUGCUGGAGACAACCUUCGGAAGGGAAGAGUAG